AUGUUACCGCGGGCGGCGGCGGCGGCGGCGGCCGGGGGGGGCCGGGCCCUGCGGUGCGGAGCGGCGGCCUUGGGGCGGCGGCAGCGGAGCGGGGCGGGCAGCCCCGACCGCGGCCCCCGCAGCGAGCGGGCCCCCAGGAUCUACACCAAGACGGGAGACGCAGGCUUCUCCAGCACCUUCACCGGGGAGCGGCGGCCGAAGGGCGACCGGAUCUUCGAAGCUCUGGGAGCCACGGACGAGCUGAGCUCGGCCAUCGGGCUUGCUGGUGAGUUUAGCAGUGAAAAGGGCCACACAUUUGUUGAGCAGCUUCACAAAAUCCAGUGCAUGCUGCAGGAUGUGGGCUCCAACAUCGCCACACCGCUCUCCUCAGCCAGGGAGGCUCACUUAAAACGAACAUCUUUCAGCGAGAAGCCAGUGCUGGAGCUGGAGCAGUGGAUUGACAGCUACUCAGAGCAGCUUCCUCCACUCAGAACUUUCAUCUUGCCAUCAGGAGGUAAAAGCAGUGCUGCUCUCCACUUCUCCCGAGCUGUCUGCCGCAGAGCUGAAAGGUGCGUGGUUCCUUUGGUACAAGCAGGGGAAGCAGAUCCAAACGUGGCCAAAUACUUAAACAGACUGAGCGACUACCUCUUUGUUCUGGCACGUUACGCUGCAAUGAAGGAAGGGAAGGAAGAGAAAAUAUAUAUAAAGCCGGAGCUGUAACUGGGAGCUGGAACAUUUAUUUCCUUGAUUAUGGGAAGCUAAAUCCAGCAGAGUGCUUUCCCUCAUCAAGGAAGGGAAGGAGAACAAGCCUGGAUUGGAAAUGUGAGCUGCCAGGAACUUCCAGCUUAAAUAAUUAGGAAUUGUUCUUAAAUAUGGUGCAGAACAUGCUCUGUUCACUGAGCCUUGCCCAAAUACCCCUUGUACAACACUCUGGUCUUUGCCUGGUGUUGCAGUUGAGGCAGGAGACCUGACAGAACUCGAGCUGAUUGCAGACAAGUCCCCCUUGCCCUGGCAGUGCAGGUGCUGUGGAAGGGCUUUGACAGGAUGCUGAGGAAUGAAGAGGAGAAAACAAUCAGCUUCUCUUUGCAAGUCACGAUGCUCAUGCAGAACAGCAGCUGGGUGGAGAUUCAGGGAUUCAGAGCUGCCCACAAGCUCUGAAGUAAUAAAUGUGAAUUUACUUUUACCAGAGGGCCCUUAACUCAUACUUCAGUAGUGAGCCCUGUGUGCUUUUCUUCUUUAAGCUGCUUUCAAUCCAUCAGGCCUGGCUGAGGCUGAGCUGGGUGGAUUUCCAGGAAUGCACUAAUUCCCUGGCUCUGGCAGCCUCUCUGCAUCCACAUGAAGAAUCUCCAUGCUGACAAUCCAGUGCAUCCUCUGCCAGGAGCAGGGCCCACGCAGGAUGGAGGGAUUAAAGUAGGAAGGGACAAACCCUGCAGGUGAUGUGUAGUCAAGCUCUGUGGAGGUAGCUGAGGUUUAUUCCAUGUGGAGCUACCCCUUUGAACACAUAAAUCCCUCUGAGUUUGGUCACAUCCUCUCCUCUGGCUGCAGGUACCAGCUGAAGGAGUAAAGUCCUUGUUCCAUUUGAGCUUCUGUCCUUGGGUACUGCUGAGGUUCACAGAUGAAGGAGUUGUGAGGAGUAACAGGGGCUUGGUGCCAUCUCUGUUGGUGGAUUCCACACCUGGAGAGCUCUUGUCCUGCCCUCAGGGUGCCACUGUCAGUGGUGGCACCUUCCACAUCAAUCAUGCAGUUCCUCUGUUCAACUACUUAAGUAGAAACAACCUUAAACUUUGCUUCCCCAAAGGGUCUCUGGCUUUUGUGUUAACUUUUUAAUCAGCGUGGGGGCAGAGUGAAGAAUGCCCAGCACUAAUGAACACCCCUGCCUCAUCACUCACCCUCUUCUUUUAAACAGAUAUUUCAUGGUUAUUGUUAAUGCCCAUUUUUCACAGAGUCAUUUCCCAAGCCUUAGCCUCCACCACAUCCCAAUGACAAAUGCUCUUGAUUUGGACUGUACCGUCAGCUGCAGUGUCACAUCAGACAGUUCCUCAAUGCCUGCUCCAGACAGGCCAUCCAGUUUUAUGAUAGCUCUGUCUCGGCGAUCACAAUUGAACCUCAGGAAUCCAGAGGCUUUUCAAGUUUAAUUGAAUAAAAUCCUUUGCAAUAUAAA